AAAGACAAAUCUCUAAUCAGUGAAUCAAAUCCCAACUUUAAAGUUAAGUCCCUAAAAGAAAGAAUGGAUGAAUCCAAUACAGAACAGGUCUAUAAUCACUCUCAAUUUGAGAAUUUGAGAAAGUUUUGGGACUUAGGAGCCAAUCCAAACAGUCAAGAAAAUGUUGAGAAGAAUACUAACACAAUAAGUCAAAAAUAUUUUGUGCCUUUUAAUAGCCAGAAACACAAAGAAUUCAGUGACAUUAAAUCAUCAGGAAAGAAUACCCAUGAAAUAGGGAUACUUCCAGGUAAAAAAAAAAUUCUGGUAAGAGAGAAAAUAGAGAAAUCAAAUUCAAAGUGCACAUACCAGGUGUUAUCAGAUGAAACCACAUUUCCAUUGGGACCAUCCAGAAAGUCUACUCAUCAUUUGCCAGGAAAUGAGUCAUCAAAGGAAAAUGUGGAAAAGAAUACGAAAUGGUUUGUUACGCCAGUGUUCGAGGAAGAAAAGGAUUACUCAGACCAAGAGAUUCAAGAAUCCAUAGUUAAAACAAGUGUUUUGUCUAAAGACUACAAAGACACUUUUAAUGACAGCUUACAGAAGCUACUUUCAGAAGCUUCAUCACUAGCCAUGCCUCCUUUGGGUGGAAAAGUUCAUGGAAAACAAAUGUCUGAACCAGAUAUUUCUGGAAAUAAAAGAUGGCCUCAAGAUACAGAUUUUGCUGAGACUGAAGAAGAUGACAAAGGACAUAAGGAGACCAUUAAUGAGCAUGUAGACAAAACAGUAGCUCCUCUAAAGGUUAAGCCGAACACUUUGACUGCUGGUCUAGACAAACUCCUAAAGGAAGCAUCUGGAACUUCACCCUGUCCCUUGCCAAUUGUGUUGGAACCUGUUACCACUAGAAUCAACUCUGAACCUGAAGAGGGUAGAGUUUAUGGAAAAGGGAUAGAAUGGAGUCGCAGCACAUCAGCCUAUCAGAAAGAGAUAAUAGCUCCUUUUCCAAAGGGGAACGAAACUUUGGUAAAUACAGUUCUCCCCCAGAAAACUGAAAGUGGUGAGUGCCAACUAAGCACAGACGACUUAUGUCAGGUGGCCGCAGAAGGUUCUCACCUAUCAGGUCAACCUUCCCAUCUUUACAGAAAAGAUUCUUUUGGGGAUGUGGCCAACUCUCCCCAAGAGAUGCCUUCUUCCAGGGAUGCUCAUCUUGCUCCCCAGGAUAAGGCAUUACCUUCACGAAGGGAAAUUUCAGAGACCGCAGAAAAAGUCAUUCUUCCUCCUAAAACUGCCUCGAAUGAUGUAAAUGCUGUAUUACAAAAGAUACUGAGAGAAGCUUGUUAUCCAGUUGGGAGGGAAGUAGUUCCUGGAGAAGUACAAGCAGAAUUUCCUGAAGGAGUACAGGCAGCAGGUAGCCCCCAAAAUUCUACACCAUGGGCUACAAUGGACAUUACAAUGCCAGACAGAAAUGAUUUCUAUUCUUUCAAUGUAGUGCCUGAUAAAACUCAUAACGUUGGAUCUUAUUUAGCUGCCCGAGUACCUCCAUCAGAACAAACCUGUUGCUCAUGUGGUUCCACUGUUAGUCAGCCUGGCAAAGAGUUACCUCAGGAAGUGGCAGAAAUUGUGAGGGAAACAGUUAUUCAACCUAAAUCAGAGUUCCUAGAAUUCAGUGCUGGCUUAGAAAAACUACUGAAGGAAGUAAUUGAAACCCCCUCCUCAAAAUAUGAAAGUGAUCCAGGGACUCUUUCUCCAUCAAAGUUAACAGGUAGGGCUGAGGUGUCCAGGCAAGCUGCUUCUGAAUUCCAUCCUGAGGAAAUCAAAGAAAUAGUAAAAAAGUCUGAGCCUCCAUUAAUCACUGAGAGUGCUUUUGAUAUUAGUUUUGAGAAACGUUUUAGAGAAACAUCUGAAGCUCCUUCUUACCAGCUCCAGGUGUCAGUGAAGGAAGAAAAGCCUGAGAAGGAGCCUUCCCAGUCAGAGCAGGCCAGUUUCUUGAGGACAGUACCCCAUUUUGACUGGACAGCCUCAGAGGCCUCUGAAAUGAAGCUUAUGAGUAAUGUUUUCAAAUCACAAGUCAACCAGUGUGAUGAAGUGUUGGGAGGUGACGAAGCUGUGACUGAUUUAUCAGUAGAUCUUCGUGGUUCUGAAAGUGGGCUUGAGAUCCCUGGAACCCUGCAGUUCUAUGUGGAACAUAAAAUAGGGAUCACUGAAACUAUAUACCCUGCAGAGGACAGGGAUAGUGAUAGUGAGGUUGCAGGGGUUCGAGAAGGGGCUCCUCAGGAGCCUGGCUUGGAAGAGGCUCCUAAAGCAAUUAGUAUGUCCAGAAAUAGGCAACCCAUUCCUCUCCUGACAAACACAGAGAACGCUACAGAAACAAUUAACGUCAAAUUGAAUCUGGCAUCACCAUGUAAGAGAAUAGAGAAAAAAGAAAAAGAUUUCUCUGACUCUGAUUUUUCAGGUGGCGACAUGAGUUCCAAUGCAGAAAGCUGGAGAAAAACCUCCAGUUCAGAAGAAGAACCCAGUCCUGUCUUGAAAACUUUGGAAAGGAGUGCUGCUAGGAAAAUGCCUUCCAAAAGUCUAGAAGACAUUUCAUCAGAUUCACCAAAUCAAGCAAAAGUAGAUAAUCUGCAAGAAGAAUUAGUACGUAGUGCUGAAGAUGAUCAAAAAGCAGAUCAGGAACCAGAUACAAAUGAAUGCAUACCAGGAAUUUCCACAGUGCCUUCACAGCCUGAUAAUCCGUUUUCCCACCCUGACAAACUCAAAAGGAUGAGCAAGUCUGUUCCAGCAUUUCUCCAAGAUGAGAGUGAUGGCAGAGAAACAGAUACAGCCUCAGAGGGCAGUUACCAGCUCAGCAGACCCAAGAAGAGCCCAAGCUCUUUAACCAAUCUUAGCAGCUCCUCCAGCAUGACGCCCCUGUCUUCUGUGAGCGGCAGCGUGAUGAGCGUUUACAGUGGAGACUUUGGCAAUCUGGAAGUGAAAGGAAAUAUUCAGUUUGCAAUCGACUAUGUGGACUCACUGAAGGAGUUACAUGUCUUUGUGGCCCAGUGUAAAGACUUAGCAGCAGCGGAUGUUAAAAAACAGCGUUCAGACCCAUAUGUAAAGACCUAUUUGUUACCAGACAAGGGCAAAAUGGGCAAGAAGAAAACACUUGUAGUGAAGAAGACUUUGAAUCCUGUGUAUAAUGAGAUACUGCGGUAUAAAAUCGAAAAGCAAAUCUUAAAAACACAAAAGCUGAACCUCUCUGUUUGGCAUCGGGAUACAUUUAAACGCAAUAGUUUUCUAGGAGAAGUGGAACUUGACUUGGAAACUUGGGACUGGGACAACAAACAGAAUAAACAAUUGAAAUGGUACCCUCUAAAGCGAAAGACAGCACCCGUUGCCCUUGAGGCAGAAAACAGAGGUGAAAUGAAGUUAGCUCUCCAGUAUGUCCCAGAGCCAAUUCCUGGUAAAAAGCUUCCUACAACGGGAGAAGUGCACAUCUGGGUGAAGGAAUGUCUUGAUCUACCACAGCUAAGGGGCAGCCAUCUAAAUUCUUUUGUUAAAUGUAUCAUCCUUCCAGAUACAAGUAGGAAAAGUCGUCAAAAAACCAGAGCUGUAGGGAAAACCACCAGUCCUGUCUUCAACCACACCAUGGUGUAUGAUGGGUUCAGGCCUGAAGAUCUGACAGAAGCCUGUGUAGAGCUUACUGUCUGGGACCAUUACAAAUUAACCAACCAGUUUUUGGGAGGUCUUCGGAUUGGCUUUGGAACAGGUAAAAGCUAUGGUACUGAAGUGGAUUGGAUGGACUCUACUUCAGAGGAAGUUGCUCUCUGGGAAAAGAUGGUAAAGUCCCCCAACACUUGGAUUGAAGCAACGCUGCCUCUCAGAAUGCUGUUAAUUGCCAAGAUUUCAAAAUGAACCCAAAGUCGACUGGCCCCUCCACUGAAAACUACUAAACAGGUGGAAUCAGAUCUUGAAAAUCUGACCGUGUAGACAGAUGCUCACCUGCUGCCCCUUGCCACUAACGGAGGCUACACAGCAUGUUAAAGUCAACCUGCAUAAGCUUCUUUCGUUAUAAGCCCCCCGAGAUUUAAGUAAGAAUCAAGUAUGUAACUUAUUUGUGACUUCAACAUUAAAGGAGAUAUUUGAGAAAGCUAGGAAAAUCAAACGGUUGAUGCUGCUUCAGAGAAAAAGCCGUCAAAGAGAUUAAAUGUUGGGUGCUUUUAACCAGCAAGGUAUUCUAGUUUGUCAUCCUGUGUUUCACACCACAUGCCAUGCUGCAGUUAGGAGGGCUUGCUACUCAGUGGUUGAAGAUCCUCGCAGGAACUGAAAAUAUGUAGUUUUUGGAAAAGAGGGACAGAAAAAUACACUUAGAAGGAGGGGGAAAGGCAGAAUAUUCGUGAUAAUAAA